CGAGGACAAACACAGGGCUCUGCCUUCUCCCCAGCUUUGAGACUGAAACAAGCGAAACUCAGAUCCGAAUCCAUCUCCAAGAUCUGAAACUCCACCCCAUCUUUCCCUUCCAUUACUGUUUCCUACUAUUACAAAACCAUGUCAAGGAGGCCAGUAAAUCCUUCUCGACGUCUUGUUGAUGGUGGGAGUCUUCCGUUUGUCGGUGUAAUACAGUCCAAGUCACGCUCAUCACCUUUGCUGACCAUAGGGCUUGUUGUGGCUGCGAUUCUUCUUGUUGGAUUCUGUUACCAUCAAUCAGGUGGAUCAAGAAGCAAUAUAGAGGCUGUGAGUAAAUUUGAAGGUGGAAAUUCAUGCACAGCAGAAAUCCAACGAGCAAUACCCAUUCUAAAGAAAGCAUAUGGAGAUAGCAUGCAUAAAGUAUUGCAUCUAGGUCCUGAUACUUGUUCAGUGGUGUCUAAAUUGUUAAAAGAAGAGGAUACAGAAGCAUGGGGUGUGGAGCCCUAUGAUUUGGAAGAUGCUGAUGCCAGUUGCAGAAGCCUUGUGCGGAAGGGCUUUGUGCGCGCUGCUGAUAUUAAGUUUCCCCUGCCAUAUAGAGCAAAGUCAUUUUCUCUUGUCAUUGUUUCAGAUGCAUUGGAUUACUUGUCUCCCAGAUACCUUAACAGCACUCUUCCAGAACUGGCCAGGGUUUCUGCUGACGGCAUCGUUAUAUUUACCGGUUACCCAGGUCAACAGAAGGCUAAACCUUCGGAUUUAUCCAAAUUUGGCCGUCCAGCGAAAUUGCGAAGCUCGUCGUGGUGGAUUAGGUUUUUUGUUCAGACAAGUUUAGAAGAGAAUGAAGGUGCUGUAAAGAAGUUUGAUCAGGCUGCAACUAAGAGGUCCUACAGGCCAGCUUGCCAAGUCUUCCAUCUCAAAUCAUACUCUUGAGAAUCUCAGAACUGUAUCUAUCUAUCUUCGUAAGCCUCUGUUUGCACGAAGUGCUUCUUAGUAUCUCUUCCUUUUUCUUUUUUUCAUUUUCAUUUUGUUUUUUGAAGAGCAACAUGGACACUGCAGAGCCAUUAUUUAUGUUCAGAUUUUCUUUAUAUUAGCUCUCCCUAAUUUAUUAUGCAUUUUCAGUGAAGCAAAUUGCUAUAGGUUUUAGAAUUAGGCAUUUCUCUCUCAAGUGUUGUUUGAAUGUUGGUAAAUUAUAAUAAUUACAUCACAUAACAUUUGUGAUUUUUUCUU